AAUUCACGUCGAAGUGAAGCAUUGAGACGCAGACACACUCGUUCGCGAGGAUUCUUGGAAUUUUCCCCGUCGUCAUCCACCGAUUAUACACCCGUUUAUCUUCCUCAGCAUCCCUCCCUUUCGCCUCGCUUCCUCCGGCAGUGUCCGAACCAGAAGAAGAUGUCAUUCUCGCUGUCGCCGCCUGCAUUCCCGCUCGAACCGCCACCAGUCGUCCCACGCUCCCGCCGCUCGAACCACCGUCGCCCCGAUCGCCCUGCCGCCUGCCGUCUCGAUGGUCGCGCUGCGGCACCGCUGGGGCGGAGGCCUGGCGUCGGCUCGGGGCUGAGGCUGAGCGAAUUGCCCGGCCACGGGCGACGCCGUUUCCGGUGCAAGGCCCAGCUGGGUGACCUCGCUCCCGUCACCUCCGCCGUUUACGGGUCUCUUCUUCUCGGCGGCGGCCUCUUUGCCUUUAGCAGGUCAGGAAGCAAGGGCUCACUUGCUGGAGGGUGCACUGGGGCAGUUCUAAUGGCCACUGCUUUCUAUCUUAUGCAAGCACCAGAGACGAAAUCAAUUGGUUACUCACUUGGAUUUGGCGGUGCCUUUCUUUUCUCGUCCGUGUUUGGUAUACGCUUGGCGGCUACACGAAAACUGACCCCAGCAGGUCCUCUACUAGGUCUCUCAGUCCUCGCAUUGGCAGUUUUCUUAUCUGCUUAUUUGCAAGAUAGCGUCUGACCAACGAAAUGCUUGCUCUCUUGUUCUGAUAAAGGUUUGUGGGAAUGUGCUACUACUUGUUAUAGUUGUCACUCUACAUGAAAUAAUUGUGAGAUUUCUCACUAAAAAUAUGAAACAAAAAGAAAAAGAAUGGAAAAAUCAUUGAGCUGACUAUCUCAAUUGAGAUCCUCCCUUCAACUUCUGUCUUCAAUAAUUGUUUAGAGGCUACCGACGUCGGAAGUGGUUGCACUCUCCAUUCAAAGGUAAUGUCUGGACUGAGAGAAUUGACUUUUGACCCAUUUUGGUGAUGUCUGCAUUAAAGAGAGUUUGAAAAGUGUAUCUGAGCUGUUGUGGGAUCUGCUGGUGAUCCCAACUCCCUCAAAGUCAACGUGGAUGUGAAGACAUGAAGCUACACAUGGAUCACUUCAAUUUUCUAGUGGAAACAAAUUGGCUGAGCUCUUUUCCCCCACUUUUUACUCUCUCCUCUCCCUCUAAUUUUCAUCAGCAAAAUUGGUGCUGAGUAUUCAAAUUCUUAUUACUGUCUCUGGUUUUGCGAGAGCAAUUUUCCUUCAUGAGCAUUUUGUUAGGACUGGUCUGUGUGGAUUUUUGCAGAUCCAUAAUGCUUCUCUUUCUGAUUACAUUUUGGGUUUGGGAUCA